UAUCGAGUAAACAUCGAUAUUUGACCCAGCUCUACAGACUGACAUCAUUCCCGCACACAAAACACCAAAAUAAAGAGAAAUCGAGCGAAAAUGGAGGCCCUGGACAUUCUGGAGAAGCGCAUCGAUGCUCUGACGCGAGUCCUGGGUCCCGUGCAGGAUUCGGAGGCGGGGGAGGGCGUAGUGGACGCCCUGUGCUCGGCACACGCCCUCCUGGGCGAAGCCACUACGGGCAGUGUUCCACUGCAGCAGUGUGUGAAGCGAUCUAGCGAACUGGAGAAGUACCUGGACCCCAACUUCCUGGAGGAGCAGCAGCAGGUGCGCUCCAAGGAGGUCUACCUGCACGCCGUGGCCCCCGAGCUGCACACCCAGGCCGAGCAGCUGGAGAGGAUCAGGCAGCUGGAACCCGCUCUGGGGGCGGAGUACUUCCGCAGCAUUCCCGCCGAGUGCCUGGACCAGCUGAAGGGUAUCACCCAGAACAACGGGGAGUACGCCCAGCAGAGCGAACUCAUCGAGGAGAGCCUGGUCUUGGCCAUGAAGCGGUACGGCGAAAUCCAGGCGGGAUUACUCAGCUCCCUGGACGCCAUGAGCGACCGGCUGGACCAGGUGGAGGAGCGCAUGGAGCAGCGGAAGCGGGCGGAGCUCAGCAAGGAUGUGCCGCCCAAGGAUUGAGCGACUAUAGCUCCAAAGACUGCUGAAAGUAUUUUGUACGACCCUGUUUCCAAAUCCUUUCCUUAGUCACUUUUGGCUUUUUGCUCAAUUCGGUUUCUAAAGAAAAGUCUUGGAUCAAUUUCAUGUAAGCUCGAUGUGAAAACUGAAAUAGAAGCAAUUCGUAAGCAAACUUGAUUGGAAUUGGAAAUGGAAUCCGGGAUUUUAGAUUUCCUAAUCACUUUUUAUCGAGAAGUGGCUAAUGAUGCUCUUUCAAUUGUAAGUUUCCUUUUUAAAAAUUAUUUAAUAAUAGCACAAUAAAUUAAAUUAACCAAAUAAAACGGCUAAAAAUAAUUUA